CCACCACCACCCGAUAUAUAUCCCCUCCCUUUUCCUUUCUCCUCCAGCCGGCCCCUUCCAAAAUCUCCAUUGCAUCAUAGAGUGUGUUCAGUUGUUGCUGUUUCUUCUCCUCUCACACCACUGCUCUCUCUGCUCCUGCUCCACUAUGAGGCAACAAGGGAGCCCCUUGGACUUGAACAACCUGCCGGAGGAGUACGGCAAGCAAGCCGUGGAGAGCUCAGCGACCACCGCCGCAUCCAGCGCCGCCGCCGCCCCCGACGCAACCAGGACAAAGAAGAAGAGCAUCGGAGGGAAGGAUGAGGCCGGCAAGGUGUACCAGUGCAGGUUCUGCUCCCUCAAGUUCGGCAAAUCCCAAGCCCUGGGAGGCCACAUGAACCGCCAUCGCCAAGAGAGGGAGACCGAGACCCUCAACCGCGCCCGGCAGCUCGUCUUCGGCAACGACACCCUCUCCGCCGUCGGCGCACAGAUGAGUUUCAGGGAUGUGAACAUGGGAGGCAGUGCUCCAUCGGCCAUGCUGGGAGGAGGAUUCAGGGGAGGCGUCACCGGAAGCGGCGGCGGGGUCGUCGGAGACCCGAGCCACCACCCGUUCCGGCCGGUGCACCCGCGGGUGUCGCCGCAGACACCGCCGUCGUACCACUACCUCUACAGCACGACGCCGUCCGCGUUGAACCCCAUGAGCUACCCGGCGACGUACCCUGCUCCUCCCCGCCAGCAGCCCGCCUCCGUCGGCGACUACGUCAUCGGCCACGCCGUUUCCCCCGGCGACGCAAUGAUACAGCAGCAGCGCCGCGCUGCCGGCUUCUCCUCCUGCUUCGGCGCUCCACUCUCCGCGCCGCCGUCGACGGCGCCGGCGAACGUGCAGGCAGACCACAACUACAGCUUCGGGUGCGGCGGCCACACCAGAAAUAUGAAUGCCUCCUCCUGAGUUGAUCGAUGCAGCUAAUUAAGCUAUUUAGUGUAAAGAGCCAAGAAAUUAUCUGAAGAACUUAAGAUAGGCUGUUAAGUUUUUGGAUAUCUCUCAAAUAGAGGGAACUGUCUCAGAAGUUUGAUUUGCCUUGAAAUUCUAGUAGGUAAGCAGUACUGCAUAUGUUUGAGCUUUGUGACUAAUCUAUUAAUGUCGGUUUUUGAUUUGUGUGCUCA